GGGAGUUGUAGUCCGGCGGGCAUGGCGGAGAGCGGCGAGAGGAAGGCCGCGCUGGAGAUGGUCCAGGCAGAUGGGACAGAUGGAAACUGUGUCACUUUUGUGCUGCAUGAUGAGGACCACACGCUUGGCAACUCCCUCCGAUACAUGGUCAUGAAAAACCCUGACGUGGAGUUUUGUGGCUACUGCAUCACACACCCAUCUGAAAGCAAGAUCAACUUCCGCAUUCAGACCAGAGGGUCCCUUCCUGCUGUUGAGCCAUUCCGCAAGGGGCUGAACGACCUGAUGGGUGUUUGCCAACACGUACUCGAUACUUUUGAGGUGAGACUGCUGCCUGAGGAGCUCAGGAGCUUUCUUGAUCAAGAGAGGCAGAGAACUUUUGACGCAGAAAGCCUGAUAGCUUUUUCAGGCAUUCUUUGCCUGACAUUGGUUUGACUGUGGUUUUCCAAGUCCUAAACCACUACUUCAGCCAUUGGGGUUGGGAAGAGGAGAGGACAGGUCAGUCUUUGCAAAGCCCUGUGGGUCCUCCAGUGGGAGGUACUGCUUGGAAUCCAACAGAGCUUCUUGAUGUCACGUGAGUGUUUCUGCCUAUAUUUUUGCUAUUGCGGGAGCAUUAAUGGGCAGAAAUUCCUGCAGGCAAUGGAGGAAGGAGUUCUCAAACUUCCUAUCUUUUAACUUAAAUGGAAACACACCUGAACUUCUUGCUUCCACAUGAGAAGUGUAAGAACACUCACUAAAGGCUUUACCUGAGCCGUAGGUUCCCUGCUAUGUCCUGUAGGCAGUCUGUGGACUACCCAGCUCUGAAUUCUGUCUCUAGGGUGUACAUUUCAGCAGGAGAGUGGCCAAGAGCUGGAGCUGGGGGUGGAGAGCAGACCCAGGGUACCAGAGACUGAGUUGCUGAGCAUGUCCUCCCGUAGCAUACUUGGUUGGCUUCUCAGUAUUUCCUCAAAGUGUCGACCAGGAUGAGGCCAGAGCUUGCACAAAGUCUUUAGGGCUUACCCUGCAACUGGACACAGCACCAUGACCUGACUUCCUUUUGUAUUGUGACUAAAGGCUCAGUCUCUUUUGGAAGUGCUUGGAUCUCUGUCAGAGCAUUUUGUGGUCCCUCAGCUGUUCCAGGAUUCGGAUGGGGAAGUCACAGCACAAACUGAUGUGGUGAUACUGGUGUGUGAAUUGCUCAGAUAUAUUGCUG